AUGCUCUCUCUCUCUCUCUCUCUCUCUCUCUCUCUCUCUCUUUAUCUCAUACUUAUUCUCUCACGACCUCUCUGUCUUUAUUUCUCUAUCUCUUUUGCGGAUUUUGAUUUCCUCUUUGUUCGUCCUCUCUUAACGGUGUCCCGGUUAAGUUCGACCUUCACUUGUAUCGUUCCUAUGUGGAAUUCUUCGUCGCCCCCGCCGUGGACGUGUCCCUGUUUUAUUUGCUUUGUUUUGUUUCUCUCCGGUGCUGCUGUUCGUUCUGUUCCUCCUAAUCUGUUUGGCAUAUUUUUCAGCUAUUGGUUUUAUUCCUGCUUUAAUUCAUUGAGUCAUUUUGAUCAUAUAAGUGUCCAUCGUAUUCUCAGCAUCCUUGUGCAUUCUUAUCGUCUUUAUCGCUUUCGUAUUUUUUCUUCUCCAUAUUUCUGUUCAUUUCUUUAUCAUUAUUCUUUCUUUCUUUUCCUUUCAUUGUUUUCCUUCAUUUUUCUUUGCUCUUUCUACUUUAUCGUUUUCGUAUUUUUCUUCGUAUUUUUUCUUCAUUUUUUCCUUCUUUCCUUUCUUUUUCAUUCUUCUUUUUCCUUUUAUUCUUUACAUUCAUUUUUCUUUCUUCUUCCUUUUUUUUCCUUUCUUUAUCGUCUUCUUUUUCUCUUCUGUUCUUUUUUCUUUGUAUUAUUUUCUUUCUGUCUUUGUUUCUUUGUUUCAUUCUUUAUUUCAUUUUUUUCACUCAUUUUUUUCUUUCUUUUCUUUUUUUUAAAAUUUUCUCUCUUUCCUUCAUUCUUUCUUAAUAUCCUUUUUACUAUAUUUCUUUCAUUCUGUCAUUUUCUUUUCCCAAGAUAUUUUUCUCUCUCUUUACUUCAAAUUGUUCAUUGUUCGAAAGCAUUUGAUUUUUUUUAUGAACCCAUUCCGACAUCUCGGCCUUGUCUCUUUCCUCUUCAUCAUUUCCUUCUCUCUUUACGCCUUCACUUUAUUCCUUUCGUUCCUUUGUUCCCUCUUUCAUUUACCUUCGGCUUCCUUUUGUCUUUAAUCCCUUUCUUUAUAUUUCCUUCCGUUUUCUUUUUCUUUUCUUUUUUUUUCUCUCCCUUGCCAAAUACGUGCCUCUGGUUGAAAACCGAUCUCAGAAUCACGUCCUCCACUAACAAAAGAAUAAAUGCAGAGAAAAUGCCCGUCUCCCGGGCCUACCUCCCCUCAAUAGAACGCUCAAUAUUUUUUUCCCCCCCGACAGCCCCAUCAUACUUUCGUUCUUUCGCACGUUCCCCCGUUAGCAGCUCUUGUGCACCCGCCCGCAUUUUAAUCAUAUUUUCUUGUCCUCUUUUCCCACAUCUAUUCUUCAUUUUCUUUCUUUCUUUUUCUCUCUUUCUUUCUUUCUUUUUCUCCCUUUCUUUUUCUUUCUUUUUCAUUCUUUCUUUCUCCUUUCUUUCUCCCUUUCUUUCAUUCUUUCUUUCUUUCUUUCUUAGCAUUAGCUACCUACAUGUUUUUGUGCUCUCUUCUUUAUUUUGUCCCUUUUUCCUUUUCUUCUUUAUUUCUUUUUUUCCUGUCCUCUUUUUUCUUCUACUCCGCUUUUCCCUAUUGGUAACAUUUCCUCCUCCGCAACCUUCUUUCUUUCUUUCUUUCUUUCUUUCUUUCUUGAACAAUCAUUACCAGGUGGCUAUUUGUCAUCGUUCUAUAUCUCCCGUAUUGUUAUUGUUUCUUCUUCUUCUUCUUCUUCUUCUUCUUCUUCUUCUUCUUCUUCUUCUUCUUCUUCUUCUUCUCCACAUCCUCCUCCUUCUUCUUCUUCUCCUCCUCUUCUUCGAUUGCUUUCACAUGCAUAUCGUCUUCAUAUCACUCACUUUGUCAAUUUUUCUCUUUCUUCCUCAUUCUAAUUUUUAUCCUUUCUUUCGCAUUCUUCUCCUUAGUCUGAUCAUGUCUUUUUGUUAUUUUCUUAGUGUUUUUCCUUUUCUCGUAUUUUCCUGUUUAAAGAUGUAUUAUUUACUUCUCUUCUAUUCUUCUGAUUCCUCCAUCUUUUCUCAUCGCUUCUUCCAUUUCAGUCUUCAUCCUUUUUCGUCAAUGUUGUCCUCCAUGUUUUCAAACACCAUUUGUAGCUAUAAUUUCUAUCCAUUCUUCAUCAUCAUCAAACAGAUCUCCUUCCAUUCAUUUUCUGCUUCUUCCUUCUAUCUACUCGCUUUUCGUUCUUUAACAAACUUUCUCUUUUCUUUUAAUUUCUCUUUCGUAUUCUUCCCACUAAUCGAGCAACGAAAGGAAACGUUAGGCUCGCUGGAUCAUUCUCAGAUGAAGCUAACUAACUGCUGUUUUCGGGGAUAUUCGUUGCUUCCUGUACUAGAAUAUGGCUGUCUAUUUAAAUUAUUAUUUCCUUCCUCUCUCUCUCUCUCUCUCUCUCUCUCUCUCUCUCUCUCUCCCACUUUUGCUCCCUUUUCCUUGACUUCUUUCUAUUCGCGUUCUAUUCAUUUUUGUAGACCUUCAACAAAUUCUCUUUCUUUCUCUUCUUUUAUUUUAAUUUUUUCAUUCAUCUUUUAUUCCUUAAUUUUUUUUAUCUUUUUUAUUCCUUAA